AUGGUGUUCAUUACCGAAAGUCUUAUACGAAAACGAGCGGAACACAACGAGGGCGAGUUAUCGACACUUGAAGAAGUGUCACUUCAUCAACAAGAUAUUGAACGAAUCGAACAUUUAGACAAAUGGUGCCGAGAAUUACGUAUUCUCUAUUUACAGAGCAAUCUCAUUUCCAAAAUCGAAAAUGUCGGUCGAUUGAAAAAGCUCGAGUAUCUCAACUUGGCUCUAAACAACAUAGAAUACAUCGAAAAUCUCUCAGGAUGCGAAUCGUUGAAUAAACUAGAUUUAACAUUGAACUUCAUCGGAAUAUUGUNAGGCAGAGAUAUUGCAUGCUGA